AAAAUAUUGUCAUAAUUAAAAACAAAAAAAGAAAACGUUUUUUUAGAAGAACAAUUCGGAUACUUUCGAGUCAAUAAAAAACAUAAAAAUGUAUAAAUCCGGGGAAAUUGACUCAGUGUUAUCACAUCGCCUAAGCAAAGUCAACAACUCUGAAUCGAAAUCGUCACACAUCCAUCAGCAUCAAGAAAACGUCCCUGGAAUUCUAUCAACCGAUAACGAACCAACCACAUCCAAACCAAACCAAGUUGGCACAGUUAUGUUGUACGGCGUUCCGAUAGUAUCGCUGCAUAUUGAAUCCCAGGAGCGUUUAUGUUUGGCCCAAAUUUCCAAUACACUAUUAAAGCAAUUUAGUUACAAUGAAAUCCAUAAUCGUCGUGUGGCACUUGGCAUAACGUGUGUUCAAUGUACGCCCGUACAAUUGGAGAUCUUACGUCGGGCGGGUGCAAUGCCGGUCAGUUCACGACGAUGUGGCAUGAUAACGCGCCGUGAGGCCGAACGUUUAUGUAAAUCAUUUUUGGGUGAUAAUGCACCACCACGUUUACCCGAUGAUUUUUCAUUCAGUGUGUAUCACGAAUGUGCAUGGGGUUGUCGUGGUCAAUUUUUACCAUCACGUUAUAAUUCAUCGCGCGCCAAAUGUAUCAAAUGCAGUUAUUGUGGUUUAUUUUUUUCACCAAAUAAAUUUAUAUUCCAUUCACAUCGAAUUGGACCCGGCGAUAAGUACGUUCAACCCGAUGCGGCCAAUUUCAAUUCAUGGCGUAGGCAUAUGAAAUUAAGUGGUGUAUCACCAGACGAAAUAGUAUAUGCAUGGGAAGAUGUAAAAGCUAUGUUCAAUGGUGGAACACGAAAACGGCUUAUUUCAUCGGUAUCAUCAGCAUCGGCAGCAAGAGCAUCAUCACCGGAUACCAUUCGCUCUUCCGCAGCAUCAUCAAGUCAUCGAAAUAGUUUAAUUACCACCAAUAUUACUAACGUUCAUCUAGAACAAUCGGAACAAUCACCAAAACGUCUAAAAGAGUCAAAUGCAUCCGAAAAUCAAACACAACCGUUGAGUCCACCUUUAAUGGCAGUUGCGGCCGCUGUAGCAGCAGCAGCAAAUGCUGGUCAUCAAUACCCGAUUCGACCAAUGAACGUGCACUCGACAAAGCUUCCGAAUGCAAAUUGUUCACGAUUGAUGAACUCAACAUCGAUCUGUUCGAAUCCGGUACCGAGAGGCGCAAACUCCAUUCCAACCGAUAUUGCACCAUCGAUUCAACUUUCACGUAAUUUUGUUAUGGAUUAUAUGUGGCAACAGCAGCAACAUCAUUCAGCAUAUGGAUUGCCAUGGUUAAAGCAACCAGCCCAUAUAUUUUUCAAUCAUCAAACAUUCCAUCAUAAUCAUCAGCAUAACAGCUUAAACACGCUUCCUUCGUCCCAAGUGGACGGUGACAAUGAUAAAAGCACAUUGAAUCGAAGAAAUAGCAGUGAUCGAAUUGUGUCACCAACGGUUAAACCAUAUUCACCAAACGCAACAGCAAUGCCGUACUAUAAAAAUUCGGCAUUUAAACCGGUACUUGGUACGCAUCGGGCGCAACUUUUUAACGAAAAUGUGUUCAACUCAUCACUUUUGGGUGCUUCAGUGAGUCCAGUGCAAAAUAAUCGUAUAGAUGAACCGAAUGAAUCGAAUUUUAACAAUGAAAAUGAAUUAAAAAAUCGAAGUAAGCGAUACAAUCACCGACGCUCCGAUGGCGGUAAUUCAGCAUCAGAUACAAUACGUGACACCAUAACAAGUGUACCGGUUGAGAGUGUGUCAAGUGACGAAGAAAUGGUGGAUAUCGAAACAACAGAAGAACAUAGCCUUGCCUCACAUCCUCCGAUGCAACGAUGUAUCAGCAAUCACAGCAAUAGUAGUUUACUUAAUGACAAUUGUGAUGCGACAAUUGAAAAUGGUUCGUCGAUACAUACGUCAGACGCUGACAUUCUGAAGAAAUUGAACAGUGGUCAUUGCGGCAAUAAUAACAAUAAUAUCUUAAAUAAUAAUAAUAAUAAUAAUAAUACGAAUAACAAUAAUACCAUACACAAAAUACACAAAAGCGACAGCAAUAACAUUGAAUUGCAUAAAAGUGGACAACCGUGCAGUGAUUUAAAACAGACAGCGAAUGUAAUGUGCAGUGUACAAAAUAGAAGUGAUGAAAAUGCAGUGAUACGGCAUGAGAUUGAUGUGGAAGGUGAUGAUCUAAAUGAGAACGAUACACAUUCCACCAAAAGUAAUUUUAGUAACAUUGAUGUUGAGAUCGAAAAGGACGAACGUAAACCAAAUUUAAAGAGUUUUAGCGGUGUGAUGCCAUCAUUGACAAACGAUUCGAAUAGCUGGAUUAGUAACAGCCCCGAAAAAUUGACCGCCGAAUCCAAUUUGAUUUAUUCAAAUUGCGAUGGUGACACCACAACAUCACAUACAUCAAGCAUGGCUACAAAUCUGAAGAAAGAGUUGAAAACAUCUUAUCCAUUUAAUUCGGCUGAAGAUGAUUUGGUAAAAACAACAAAAUCCAGUGUCGCAUUGGAUUUAUCAAAAAUGGAUGAAUCGCAUGAAUCAAAUGAUUUGAAUUAUAGCCCCACCGCCGGUACUUCAUAUGAAAAGUCCGAUUUAAAAUGGCGCUCAUCUCCAAAAGCAUCAUCGCCACCUCAGCUGAACAUUGAUGGAAAAUUUCAAAAAUCGUCCAUAUCACAUAUAAAUCCAAUAGCAACAACAUCACCACCAUUUACAGCUGCGUCCACCGCCAAUAUCCUACUAAGCAAUCGCAUGAAUCAGUUUUAUCCGCGGCCAAGUUUAACUUCAUUCCAUAAUCCGGCUCAGCAGCAUUCGAUUAGUAAGCAUUUCCAUCAUAUGCUAAAUCAGCACACAAAUUUCCUACAAAAUAGUUCACUCGCCUUUGAUCGUACAGCAUUGUCGGGUUCGCUCAACUUAUCCACCGGCUAUAAUCAUUCACAUCAAGAUGUAAUCACAUCAGCCACGGCACAACCACAUCAUUUACACCAAUCUUAAACAAACCGUUCAACAACCUACUGGAUGAAACACUCUUGUGAUUCAAUUGCUUUGUAAAAUUUCACCAGAAUAAAAAAAAAUGAAACAAUGAUGCGAACACGAUUUUAAUUCUUCCAAAAUAAAUGUGAACAGUUGUAGUUUGACUGUACAAAUGAAGAGGGUUUUAAAAAAAAUAAUCACUGCGCCGUUUUCAUGUUUCAAUGAGUUAUUUUGGACUUCUUUGUUUAAAACAAAUAAUAAUUCAAAAGCAUAAAUUCACAGGCAAAAUACUGUAUUUUAAAUUCUAGAUUUCUAAUUUUAAACAGUUAAACAAGAAAUGCGUUUACAAAUCAAAUCACCU